AAAAAGAACUGCACACUCUCUUCAUGGCUUUUCGCAGAGCUCUCAUCAGCACAGCCUUGAAAAGAUCCAAAUCGGAUCUUCAUCUUCGUCGUCGAUGGCUCAGCGGCGGCGCCGUCAGCGCUCCCCCGGUGCUGCCAGCCUUCGAUUACCAGCCGAAGCCUUACACUGGUCCAUUGGCCGAUGAAGUUCUUCAGAAGCGCAAGAAAUUUCUUGGCUCCUCCCUCUUCUACUACUAUCAGAAGCCUGUCAAUGUUGUUGAAGGGAAGAUGCAGUAUUUGUUUGAUGAGAAUGGCAAGCGCUAUCUUGACGCCUUUGCUGGAAUAGUUACUGUGUCAUGUGGGCAUUGCCAUCCCGAGAUUUUGAAUGCUAUUAUAGAGCAAAGUAAGCUACUCCAACAUGCUACAACCAUAUACCUGCACCAUGCAAUAGCAGAUUUUGCAGAGGCAUUAGCAUCAAAAAUGCCUGGAAACCUAAAGGUUGUGUAUUUUGUGAACUCUGGAUCAGAAGCGAAUGAAUUAGCAAUGCUGAUGGCACGACUCUAUAGUGGUAAUCUUGGUAUGAUUUCCUUAAGAAAUGCAUAUCAUGGUGGAAGUUCUGGUACAAUUGGACUCACUGCUCUGAACACGUGGAAGUACUCAAUACCAGAGGGCGAAAUUCAUCAUGUUGUUAAUCCAGAUCCAUAUCGUGGGAUCUUUGGUUCUGAUGCCAGUUCUUAUGCCAGAGAUCUAAAGGAUCACAUUGACUAUGGUACCUCAGGAAAAGUUGCUGGUUUUAUUUCUGAAACCAUUCAGGGAGUGGGAGGAGCAGUGGAAUUAGCCCCUGGAUACUUGAAACUGGUUUAUGACAUUGUCCGCAAGGCUGGGGGUGUUUGUAUUGCUGACGAAGUGCAAACUGGCUUUGGUCGCACAGGAAGCCAUUACUGGGGUUUUGAGACACAGGGCGUCAUACCUGAUAUAGUUACUAUGGCAAAGGGCAUUGGCAAUGGUUUACCAUUAGGAGCAGUGGUGACAACACCAGAAAUAGCAGAUGUAAUGGCUCAGAAAAUUCAAUUUAACACUUUUGGUGGGAACCCUGUAUGUUCUGCUGGUGGACUUGCAGUGCUCAGAGUUCUGGACAAGGAGAAGCGUCAAGAGCAUUGUGCUGAUGUUGGUUCGCACUUGAUUGACCGUUUGAGAGCUCUUCAGCAGAAACAUGACAUUAUCGGAGACGUAAGAGGAAGGGGUCUAAUGGUGGGGGUGGAACUUGUGACUGACAGAAAAGAGAAGACCCCUGCCAAAGCAGAAACUGCAGUUUUGUUUGAGAAUCUUCGAGAGAUCGGUAUUCUUAUCGGAAAGGGAGGACUACAUGGAAAUGUCUUCAGAAUAAAGCCACCUAUGUGUUUCACCAAAGAUGAUGCUGAUUUCCUUGUUGAUGCUUUGGAUUACAGCAUAUCAAAAUUGUGAGGAUCAAAUCUUCCAAGAGCUGGAGGUGAAGUCUUCAAGCCCUUUGGCACCUAACCCUACCAAGUGUCAAAUUUCAAGAACACCAUGUAUCCAGACCCUUAAGCACAAUGCCAAAUAGAAACGGUAGCUCCUUUUGUGUCCAAUUUAGAUGGAUAGAAAUAAGUUGAAGUUAUGAAUUCUGAAUAAAUUUAUUGAUCUCCUGGAGGUUUAUAUGUUAUCUAGAUCUGGCCCAUUUUCAUUUCGUCUAAA